CACCCUACAUACCAGCACAGGGCAGGCUCGUGUAGUCUUUGUACAUGCAGCCCAUGUGUUGUGUUACCAGAGUUGAACUUCCUUGUCCUGCAGAAGGAGGAUAGAGGCGUGACGUCGCUGCCCGCAGAGAGGCCCGUAAGGCACGGCGGCAGGAGAGAGGCAGAGACACACCGCGCGGGGACGGACGCUGCUGCAGCCGCAGAACACACUGCUGCGAAACUCGGGGAGCAGCCAGCCAGGACACAAAACAAGCCGGCAACUUUGCAGAGACGACAGCCAGCCAUAAUGCGGCACCGCCCGCCGACCCCGGAGCUGAUGUGACUGCACAGCCGGAGCAGGGAGGAAGCGGCGGACACCACCAGCACCUAUCCCCGGUUGCCUCUCCUCGUCGCGGUGUGCGCGGCAGGACGGACGGUUGGUUGGUCGUUCUGUCUGUCUGUCUGGAGGGGACAUGUCCUCGCUAACCGUGGAGGAGGACCAGAAAUGGUUACCGACACACGUCCAGGUGACGGUGCUGAGAGGCAGGGGCUUACGGGGCAAGGGCAAGCACGGCACCAGCGAUGUGUACACUAUCAUUCAGCUGGGUAAGGAGAAAUACUCGACCUGCGUGCUGGAGAAGACUACCGAGCCGGAGUGGAGGGAGGAGUGCUCGUUCGAGCUGCACCCCGGCGUGCUGGAGAACGGCGGGCGUAGCAGCUAUCCAGCUGGGAGCAACGAGCUGGUCCUCAUCGUAAUGCACCGGGCGCUCAUUGGGAUGGACGUGUUCCUCGGGCAGGCGGUGAUCCAGCUGGAUAAGGUCUUUCAUGAGACUAGAUACGUCAAAAACGAGUGGUACAAGCUCAACUCUAAGACGGGGAAGAAAGAGAAGGAGCGAGGAGACAUCCAAGUCAGCGUCCAGUUCACCCGGAACAACCUGACAGCCAGCAUGUACGAGCUGGUGAUGAAGGACAAGGGCGUCUCCACCUUUGGCAAGCUGAAAGAGCGCAUAAAGGGGAAGAGGAGGUCCAGCGAGGAGGACUCGGCCUCGGCCGUCCUACCAAGUGGUUACGGCUCCCUUUACCGGAUACGGCAGCGGCUCCCGAGUGAUGGAGGCGGGGAAGAGGACUACGAGGACGAUGAGGGGGGCGAGGCCCGGCGGAGCAAGAUGAGGACCUACUUUCUGAGAGGGAAGCUGAGGAAGUCAUCGGACACUCGUUCCAGCACGUCCCUGGGCUCAGAGAGCAGCGAGUCAUCGUCCCGGGGCGGGAGCCUCAGCCCCACGGCCGGCAUCAGCGUGGUGGUCUCUGACCUCUCCAACUCGCCUAGCAACAGCAGCAACCUGACGGCCGAUAACAGCCCAGAGCACACCGAAAACACGUCGCCCAAGGCCUCCUCUCUUACAUGUGAGUUUGGGGAUGAUGAUGGCGAGAUCAGCAUCGCAGUGCCUCAGCCCACUGUGUGUGUCAAUGGAAGCCAUGCUUACAGCAUCCAGCCCCUGGACCCCGGCUCAGGAAAACCUGCAGAUUCUCUAGGCCUGGGCCUGUUGCAGAAGUCUUUGCCUCUCUCCGUGUCUCUGCAGAACCUCAGACCUCCCCCCGACUUCCCCAAAGGCUCCAUUGGAGAUGGGCGCCGCUGGUCUUUUGACAAGCCCGGCGAGGAGGAGAAGGCGGCCAUAGCGGCGGCCCUGGAGCAAAGCGGCCCCAUGCAGGGGGAUGAGGAGGAGCAGUCGGGACAGGCCGCUCAGCCUGAAUCCGCCUCCUCCUCCUCUUCCAUGGCGGAGUCGGAAAGCCAGGGAAAAAAACAGAGGAGGAACUUGUUCUCCCAUGGGAGGAGUGAGUCUGCGGGGAAAGGGCAGAGUCAGUCCAAGGAUGAGUCUGAACAGGCCCCAGCUGCCACUGAGGAGAAACACAAGGGAUGGUUUGGAUCAAAGGACUCGCACAGCAAACCCAGCCUGGUGGUGUCACCUAAACUAGAGCCCAGCACUGACCCCCACCCACCACCUUUCCCACCCAGGCACCAGCCCCCGGGUCCCCCUGUAGAUCCUGCGUCUGUGGUUUCUCCACUGCAUCACACUAACCCCUUCUGCUACUCACAGACCACACUGCCUGCCAUGUCCCCCUGCAACCCUUUCUUCUCUCUCCUCCAGCACAACCCUUUCUAUGACGACAUGCUAACCGUUCAGCCCAAUAAACCUUCGCUGCCUCCUCUGCCCUUUCUCUCCAGUUCCCGGCCCCCCAUAGUUCAACUCUUUCCGCAGGCGAGUAACCCUAACCCCAACCUGGCUCAGGACAAACUAACCACGGAGGGCUCUGUCAUUGGUACGGAUGCGAAGAGCGAAGCAACGACCAAAGAUGAGAAACGGCCUCUUCCUCUAGUUCCCAUGGAAGAAGAGAAACCUUUAAGCAUGAAGCUGUUAAACCCUAUUAUGUAUGCCGGGGAGCUGGACCUGGAUUCAGAGUGGGAUGAAUCCUUUGAAGCGUUUGCAGCUGGCAGGCUGCAGUCUCCUGAGGAUCUGACCACAGACUGCAAAGCACAGCAAAACACACCCGGUGACCAUCCACUGGAACACUGCAAUGAUAAAGGAGCAUCGGUACCCAUAACAGAUCAAAACACAAAUGUAAAUGACGCACUACAUCAUCUACCUUGCACAGAGUUUGUAUUCGAGGCACAUAAAACCAUCCGCCAGACAGCCAACACUAACACCUAUCAUCUUGACACAUUUGCACAAUUCCUUGAGACAAUCCCAGAGCACACAAGCUUUGAGAGUGACAACUUAGCUUUAAAUGCUUUCACUAACUCACCAAAACUGGAUGCAUGCACUGAAACUAAUCAGGCUAACAGUGCUACUAACACAAAAAGUUUAACCGACACUAAUAUGCAUCAAGCCCCUUGUCACUCCUUUUCAGUAAAGCUCAACAGCAGCUCCCCAGAUCCUGGUUCUUCAGGUCUUGGCAGCUCAGCAGAAGAGGAUUUCCUCCCUUGUCUCUCUUCAAAUUCGGACAAAUUCUCUGCAUCCUCCUCCGAAGAAGCUGAAGCACAGAACUUUGAAAGCAACAUCCUCUGCUUUGAGAAAUCCUUUGAUUCAUCUGUUGGAAAAAAUAUAAAGCCCUCAGAAUCGGAAGAUGGCAGUACUGACAGGUCCAAUGGUCUGUCUUUAGUCGCCGUAGCCCAGCACACCGUUAUUCAGCACAAGGAUGGUGAUGAAAAGCCAGCUUUACACGGUUCAGAGGGGUCCUUGGCACAGGAGUCCCCAGUGCUCACACAUCAACAGCCUGUGGUCGCUGCAAGAGGGACAGGUGAGGAUGCACUUACUCAGGCACCAAACCUUUCCGAUGUCAUAAACUCUGACUUGUUACCAAAACUCUCAGAACUACAGCAAAAACCAGGCGUCUCUUUACAGCCUGACAAUGAAAAUGGAGAGAAAAGCAUAAGGGAAUUUAGCGGAUCUGUAGAGGAUUUUUCAAACGUGUCAAAUGAUUCCUCACGAUCUGUAAGUAACACUACGGAUGUGAUGACUCAUACGAUUCCAGUUAAUAAACUUUGCUCCACACACCCAUCCCUACACAUCAUGACCUCCUCCCCUGACGUGAAGCCGAGUUUGUCGGACUCUCCCGUUGGGAGCAAUAGUUUAGGAGGGCAGGAUGCAAGCCAGCGUUCUCCUAUACCAUCCAGGCUUUUUGGUGAUUUCCUUAACACCAGUCACAUUGCGAGCAGUCCCAGCCAAGACUUUGACAACACACCGUUGCACACUUGGGUGCCGGAUCUGAGCAGCAGCAGCUUUUCACAAAGCCUAUAUGUCAGCACCGACUCGCAGGAUUACCAAACUUGUGUGUCCAACCCGUCCACCAAAUCCUCCAGCGGCUCGGAGCCAAAUGAGACGCUGCACUCUGUGAACUCAACGCUCUGCGGCGAGCUGAGUGAGAUUGAGACGACUGUGGAUGCUGCUUUGGGGCAAGAAGAUUCCACCAGUGCUUGCAAGCCAUGUAAUGAAGAAAUCAACCAGACCGACCAAUCUGAAGAAUCCUUCCAUGGAGCUAAGGACAAGACGCCAACUCUUGAGCCAAGUUUCAUGAUAGGGGAAACGUUCGGUUUACUCCCUUCGCCACUGACGGACUCUUACAUGAGCUGCAAUCCAAGGACACUCAUCGAACCAGGUGUGGUAAGCCAGCAUGUCGUCUUAGGUGAUGUGUUCUCAAAAUGCCCUCAGGGACAAAACGCUACGCUACACCGCUCCCAGUCCGAGGGCAUACUGACACCUGCCUUUGACAAACCCCUCCUGCCGUCCUUUGGGAGUGAUCCCGGUGCGAUACAGGAGUCGUCCUCAGCUCAACCCGGCCCUGACCUCCCCUCCCUGGCCUCCUUUGCUCCCUAUCUCACUCCUCAAAGUAGUAGUUCCCCUGUAGCGCUCUGUUCCCUCCCUCCUCUUGCUAACGCUACGACGAGGUCACCAACCAGCACGGCACCGGCUGCGGCGCCAAAGCCAAUGCUUCAGGAGACACAGCAGCAGCAGCAGCAGCAGCAGCAGCAGGCAGCCAAUCAGCAGAACAGCCCCCACCCAGUGAAGCCCCUGACCACUGCCAUGCUGGCUGAAGAGAAGCGGACGGAGGGCCGGUCAGUGCUGGCCACCGGCCUGGAGAAGCUCAAGUCCACCAUCCACCCAGGGAGGAGCAGCGAGCAGGACACAGACAGGAAGAAGUCUGCGGCCGAGGGCGCGGGCUCGUACUACCACCUGAACCACAGCGAGCUGGUGGCCCUGCUGGUGCAGCGGGAGGCCGAGCUGCAGAGGCAGAAGGCCGAGUUCGAGCGUCAGAAAUCCCUCCUGGCCAAGCGGGAGGUGGAGCUGAAGAAGUUGAAGCCGCAGGUCAAAGAUCUGGAGGACUACAUAGACACGCUGCUGGUGCGCAUCAUGGAGCAGAAGCCCACUCUCCUGCAAGUGCGCUCCAAGUUAAAGUGACGAAGGGGGAGGGGGAGGGUCAGCAGCUGCGUUCACUCGGUCCUCCACAACAGCUCUUAAGUCUUUUCACUGCUAUGCUGUCCUUUUUGAUACAAAUAUCUAGGCACUGAGAGAUGUCGAGGCCAUGUUUUCCAGCCGGCAUGCUUUAACUGUGCUGAAACACACACGUCCUGGCGGAAGGCUUCGGUUGGGGCGGUUCUGAAUGUAGCGGGUCCUCAGGUUGUUUUCAGGUUCACACAGCCAGUUGGUUUCGAGCUCACGGAGGAGAGCCCAGAUGCUUCCAUUUUGGGAUCCUGAUUGUAGAAACAUUGAUUCCUCCUUUUCACCUCACUCCUAUCACUUUAUCACAAAACAGAGGAAUGGUAGAGUUUCAGUCCAUGACACUGUAUAUCAAACUAACUCCUCCAAAAGUGUUGCAGUUCCGUAGAGAAAAGAAGAGCGACCAACGUGAAGGCCACUCUGGUGGGUUUGCAUGUUUCACACCAUUAUCCACAAAUUGCACCCACUUUAAGUAAAGGCUGGGUGUUUGUGUAGCGUAUACCAUCAGGUUCAGAUUGAUUUUAUACCUUUGAGGCAGCCAUUGGUCUCACUUCAUUUCAGCGCAGCUGCAGCAUUGAACUCCGUUUGCAGAGACCUGAAGCCUGCUCAAGACCUUUUAAAAAAAAUAGUGUAACAUGGAAGAUUCAGUAACCAGAAAAGGGUGCAACAGUUGUACGACAAAGGAAAGCUGCAAAUCCUGAUAAUCUGGAAAGAUGGAAAGACGUUAUCAAAUGUUUGGCAUUUUAGUUUGAACACUGGUUGAAACAAUGAAUCGAUUUUUAAAACCGUUUCCUGCAAGUUGACUUAUUGAUAAAUUGACUCAUCAUUCCAACCCCACUAUGUUGUCAGACAAUCAAUAGAGAUUUGUAAAUCUGGUUGUAUCCGGCAGCAGCAGUGCAUUGUCAAAACCGGCCUGGCUCACAAGUGCUGAAUUACACAGUGGUACCACUUCACUGAACUGCAACACACUGUUCACUACGGGGCUCUGGAGCAAGUUUCAGGUUUCCACUUCUGGUUUUUAAUGCUUAAAGGAAUUGUUCAAUGUUUUGGGAAGUACGCUUGUUUGCUUCCAAGAGUUGGAUAAGAAGAUCGAUACCAUUCUCAUUGGAUUAUGAAACAUUGAUCUGUUCCUGAUAGUAGUAAAAGUAAUAGUCUGCGUUAUUUUGAAGUAUGUUCAAUAUUUGGUUAAUGAGGUAAAUUCAUGCAAAACCACCAAUAGGUUUCUUCUACAGUAAUGAAGCUUGUGAUCGACAUCACUUUUGUCCAAAUAGUUCUUAUGUUGUUCUGGAUUGACCCUCUACAAAAUGUUCCCUAAUAAAUCCCCAGUGCUCUGACUGGUUUUAGAAACUACAGCUGGGCGGUGUGAGAGUUCAGCGUUGUCGCGGGAACAUCACUGGGAACAGACUGUAGCUUCUGAAUGUUCAAAAGUGUUCUUAGCCAGCAAGUGGAUGCUUUUAUUUUCUACGCACGAGAAGCGCUGUUUAUCUUUUGCUUGCGGUCCUGCUGUUUCCCCUCGCUUUCUUCUUUCAUUUCCGUUCUGCGGGCAUGUCUUGAAAUUACCCACAAUGCUCAGCCACACAAGAUAACUUAUUCCUGUAUGGGUCACGCUGUUAUCAGGUGAAGACAGUAUCACUCAGUAUCAAGAUCAGCCAUCACAGCGCGUGUGAUCUCAUGCUUCUGCCUUCCCACGUGUGUGUGUGUGUGUGUCUGUGUGUGUGUCUAUCUCUGUGUGUGUGUGUGUGUGUGUGUGUUAGGGGCGUAGCACAAAGUUCUGGGCCCUGUACAAAGGCAUUUUCUAUGGGCUCCUCCCCACAUCCACAGCUAUUCAUUCUAGCAUCUUCUUGGGCCCUCCGCACAUGAGGGCCCUGGAUCCCCUCCCCCCCAGUCCGACAUCCAUUUUGUGUGUGCGCGUGUGUGUGUGUGUGUGUGUGUGUGUGAGAGAGAAAUAGCUGCGAACAUGCUGCUUCUUGACUGCCCUCCCUCAGUGUCUGUGCGUCUGUCCCAUCCGCUUCUGCUCAACCGCAUAUCCUUACAGCUUCCAGGUGUUACAAAGGGAUAUAUACCGCAAUUUUAGAGCAUAUAUGCCGUAUUGAAAUGCCAAAUACUGCCUUAUUUUAUUUUGUGUUUGACGCUCGUCAAGAAUCGAGCACUUAAUUUGGCUUGUCGGAGAUUGGGGCAGGUUUUGAAGAAGAAAAGCCAUCUGUUCGCUGAGAGAGUUCACUUCUUUUCACUUCUUUUGAUGCUUUGUCAUGAUAUUGUUUAGAUCACUGCACACAGAUAUAAUGUAUGCACACCAAUAGAAAAUUAGCAGAAAAGUGAUUUCCUGUGAAAUGCCAAAAAAGAUAGCCUUGAAAUUGAAUAUAUGGAGCAGAUUGUUACACCAUGAAGUAUUCUGAUAGGAUGCCACACUUAACAGCGUCCGUGGAUGUUCUUGCACUACUUAAUCGUCAGAACAUACCUCUACUGUACCCGUCUGUUGAUAUCAGUCUAGUUAGAUCUUCUUCACGCCGUACUGCACUUUCUAAUCGCUCUGUGACUUAAGCACUCGGCCUACUUUGACACCACAACAAGGGUUUGCCAGUUAGCUUGAAGCAUACAAAAACAUCCAAAGCCGUCUCGUCAUCUCAGUUCCCCUGUGUGCGAUCGCGGUAUCAAGUGCAUAGACAACUGUAGUGACAUUUUAAAUGUGACUCGGCACUUCAGAGGCGCAAGAAUAAAUGUCCUCUUCCAUGUCUUCCAUUUUUAUUUAAGUUUAAACCGAUUGUAUUUUGUCCUUAUGAGUGUGUAGCCGGUGGAAUGUGCAGGUAGUAUGUGAGAUUGGAAAGUUUACAAUUCGUGAUGCAAUUCUGUUUCACAAAUUUUGUAUAUUUAAUAAAGAAUAUUUUGUGUUUCUUGCUCACC